AAACUUCAAGGAUUUAGGUUAUGCAUAUCAAGGGCUGCAAUAUUGCGUUAUUUUUUGGUGAAUUGUUUCUAUAAACCUUAUAACAUUUGUGAUUCUUAUUAUGAAACAGUGAAUAUUUAAAUAAUAGUAAAAAUGUACUGUCUUCAGUGGCUGAUUCCCGUAUUACUCAUUCCUAAACCAGUGAAUCCUGCACUUUUGCAAACUCAUGUGAUGUUCAUGGUGUUAUACUUGACUGGAUUUUUCCUUGAAAGAAAGCCCUGCACAAUUUGCAGUUUAGUAUUUCUAGCAGCAGUAUUUUUGAUUUGCUAUAGUGGUGUUGGAAAUUGCUUGUUUUGGAGCACUAGCUGUGACACAGUGCAAUGUGAAAAUGGUUGAUCUCUCAUUUGAUGACUGGAUCUGGAAUACUAGGUUGUUGAAUUUUACUCUACCUUUUUUAAUAUUUAGGCCACAUAUUUUUU